CAGUGUCACUUUCUUGUGAAUAGUUGAAGUUCUUAUGGUUAGCUAAUCUAACCUAGUUACUAUUUGGCUAUAUAACCAACUCCUGGAAUGUGCCUACUGGCUGGCAUGCCCAUAUGCCACCAACAGAGACCCUACAGAAAAUGAAGUGGCGGCCUGCGUUUGGAACCCAACCUUUUCUACUACUCCGACCGGUAUUACUUGUCUCAAAUUUGUCCAAAUACGGAUGUAUCUAUGUGUAAAAAGCGUCUAGAUUCAUGUAAUAUUUUGUGUGUGUUUUUGAUUCAAACGAAUUUCAUAGGAUUCCAAUCCUUUUAAGAUUCUCUUUUCGAUGCUGUUUCUUUGAUUCUUUGCGGUUUGAGAAAUUUCUCCAAGGAUAUCUUUGCAAUUCUUUGGAGUAUGACUUCACCCUCCUUGAAAUAUUUCUUUCUACGGUGUAAACAAAUAACCUUUGGUGAAAUUUCAUUUGGUAUCCAAUUGAGAUUCGAGGUGACAAGACUUUGUAGUCCUAUGUUUUUCCUAUUUAUGAUUUCUCAGAAUCCUUGAAAUCAAAGAUUUAGUCCUAUCGGGGGAGCCAUCAGCCAUUUCUUUUUCGGUGUGCGCUAGCUAGAUGUAUUAAGUCAAGUACGGAGUAACAAGGCUACAGGUCAAACACAAUUCCGAAGAACAGAGCAAUACAGCGGUGAUGCAAACCCAUACAGAGCGUGUUCUAAUGUGGAUAUUGCGUUUUCUGAUUCUAUAACCUAUAGUCUAUACUUUUAGCUUCACUACUGUUGCAUUUCUGCUAGGCUGCAUUACAUACUCACGUUACCCGUGUAAGCGAUGCUAUCCUUUACUUCACUGGGUGUCUUCUGGUCGGCGGUUCUGACGCUGCCUCCUCUUCUCGUCUGUCCUCUCCGGGCGGAAAGGCGGUUUUGAUCACCAGCCGAGCUGCUGAGAAUCCUGCGCUGAUUUGAAGAAAGCUUGACGAAAACUCUUUCUCUGCCAAAAUGUUUGUGCGAAACCUUGCAAGAUUCUUGCCUUCCACCGUAUGCCCACCGCCCACAGCGGCAAAAGAAGUUCCUCGCACACACAUUUCAAUCCCAUUCCUUGCUCUCCUUCUCAGUUGGGGGUCCAUUGAUUUCAUCCUCGGAACAUGAAAACCAAAACAAAUCAUCGGGCAACCAGGCAACAUUGAUUAGCCUUUCAUGGUAAAGGCGCCGUCAUCAUGGAGGUGCCGACGACCAGCAGCAAGGCGGGCAACGGCGGCGGAGUGCGCAUCUUCGAGAACCUGAACACGGUGGAAGGCCGGCUCCUGCGGCUAGAGGUGGUGGUGCUGCUGAGCGCGCUGGUACUCGCGGCGCUGGUGCUGUACGGGUCGACGGUCCGGCGGAGCAGCGACCGGCUCCUCCGUGGCGUGAUGUGGAUCGCCUACUCGCUCUCCUACGUGGUGGUCACCUACGCCGUGGGGAUCAUCCAGGACGGUCCCUUCCACGGCGAGACCUUCGUGCUCUGGGCGGCGGCGCUGCUCCUGAUCCAGGCCAGCGCGUACGCGGCGCCCGUGCACAGCCGCCGCGACGUGGACCAGCGGAAGAAGCUGCUCCUGCAGCACGUGCUCCAGACGGGGCUCGUCCUCUGGCUCGUCCUCAACGCCACGGGCGCCAACGCCAGCUACCGCGCCGCCAUCUGGGCAUUCUGGAGCCUCAACGUGCUCAAGACCGCCGCCAAGAUCGCCGAGAUGGUCAAGGCCAGCCUCCCCGACCGCUCCGUCAAGGUCAUCGCCGACUAUAUGGACGUCGAGGAGUCCCUCGCCGCGGAUGACGAACCCUUGCCGCCGGACCCGGAGACGAUGCGAGGGUACAAGUAUAUCUUCCAUGGGGAGGACAUCAUGGAGCUGACCACCGAGUACGGGCGGCUGUCGCCCAAGGAGAUCCGGCUGCAGAGCUCCUGCAAGUCCGUGGUCACCAUCGACCAGGUGUACCGGUGGAUCGACACGCAGGAUGACUACAGCGAGAAGGAGAAGGACAUGGCCAGGGACUUCUGCCUCGCCUUCGCGCUCUUCAAGCUGCUCAAGCGCCGCUUCUACGGCUACGUCCCCGCCGAGGCCCGCUCUUCCAAGGCGCUGAACCUCGUCCUCAACGGCCUCAUCCACCACCAGGACGCCGUCGCCAUGGGCACUGACGCGGCGUUCCGGGUGGUCGACGCCGAGCUCGCGUUCCUCUACGACUUCUUCUACACCCGCAACAUCGUCCUGGUGGGGGUCAGGACAUACAUCUGCAUCGCCGUCGUGGUGCUGGCGCUCACCCUGUGGGCGGCGUUCUACGGCACGCUCGGCCCCGCCUACCGCCGGCUCGUGAUCGGCGUGAAAGACCUCGACCGGUCCGUGACGGUGGUUGUGGUGGUGAUCACGGCGGGGCUCGAGAUGUGCCAGGCGCUGGCCGCCUUCUCCAACAACUGGCGAUACACCAAGCGGGUCUACCGCUGCGUGCGCGACGGCCGCCCAUGGCGUCGCGGCGGCCACGGCGAUGACGAGAAGAAGCGGCGGCCCGGCGUCUGGCGGAUUUGGUGGUGGUGGAACAAGGAGAACAUCGCGCCGCCGGAGACGAAGUACUGGGAGGAGAAGAUCGGCGAGUACGUGCUGCUCAAGCGGUACGACCACCGGCCGCUGAACCUGCUGUCGUGGAUGACGCUGUAUUUGGUGGAGCCGAGAAGGCAGGGGCAGAAGCGGGGCCGGAGGAAGGACCUCCCGUGGCAGGUCAGGCGCGCCGUGCUGGGCUCCUUCAAGGCGAGCCAGGGGAAGCUCAGCAAUGGCAUCGUUGCCCUGGGGAAGCACGGGCUGCUGCCGCGGCUGGCGUGGGCGUGCGAGGAGUUCCCCAAGGUCACCGACCAGAUCCUUGUCUGGCACGUCGUCACCACCCGCUGCGACUGGAUCUGCCGCCGCCGCCAUCGCCAUGAGUCCCAUCGUCGUCGGUACCGUGGUGGUGGAGGUGAGGAGGACCGUGGCCAUGGCCAUGGGGACGAACUGUGCGGCGGGGACGACAGGGUGGUGGCGACGAAGCUGUCGAGCUACUGCGCGUACCUGGUGGCGUUCGUGCCGGAGAUGCUGCCGGACCCGAGCUACAACGCGGAGCAGAUCUUCGACACGGCCGUGCAGCAGGCGCGGUGCCACCUGGCGGAAUGCCGGGACAAGGAUGAGAUACUGGCGCGGCUGGACGAGAUCGAGGCCGAGGAGAUGGACGCCGAGGCCGGCGGCGGAGGAGGAGCGGGAGCGGCGCCCGGGAAUGGCAGGGCGGGGAGCAGGACGGUGAUCGAGAAGGCGGCGCGUCUCGGCGGGCAGCUGGAGGCGGCCGUGCGCGGGGACGAGGCACGGCGGUGGGGCGUGCUGGCGGAGUUCUGGGCGGAGCUCGUGCUGUUUCUCGCGCCGUCGGAUAACGUGGACGUCCAUGCCGAGAUGCUUGGCGCUGGAGGCGAGUUCAUGACGCAGCUCUGGGCGCUGCUGUCCCACGCCGGCGUCCUCGAGCGCCCCGCCGCGGGCGCAGGCGCAGGCUCAGGUGCCGCCGCGCAGGUCACGGCGCCGCGGCAGCAACGCCGGCGGCGUGAUUGAUUUGGCUUAAUUUUAGCUUCGGAACGAGAACAGAGGGGAACUGAUUUGCCAUGCCGCCCGUUUUUGCCUCGAUCGUGCCUGAGCUCGUUGCCACGUCCUUGUUGAUCAGCAGUCCGUCCUACUCGAUCGGUCGAAUCGUUUGCUCAGAUUCACAUGGGGUGGUCGAAAUAUAAACGCGUUUGUAGUAGCUAGGGAAUUUAGCUGAGGUUGUUGGCAUGUCUCACCCGCAGUGUUCAAAGGUUCCAGCUCCCGCGAAUGUGGGCUAAUUUUCGGACUGUAGGACAUCGGAGAUAGCUUUCGAAAUGUUGUUUAGAGAUUCUAACCUUACCCCGCACGUAUGAAUUCAACUACUCUCUCCAGUCCAUAUUAGUUGUCGACAUAUUACAUGUAUUUAGAGACCUUUUAGGCAUAGAUACAUCCAUAUUUGGUCAAAUUUGUGAUAAUUAAUAUGGAUCGGAGGGAGUAGAGAUUCUAAACUUUCCCCUUCA